AACCUAUCAACAGUGUAAUUUAUGGAAACCUGUUGGUGAUGCUUGCAGGGAAUGGGAGAUUUCUUGAACCAAAUGGCAACUACAAUGAAUCAAUAAUCUAAGCCUUAGUAGGCAUGGGGAUGGAAGUUUGCUGCACCUUGGACAUGAUUGAGAAACAACAAGCAUUAGAGCUAAAGAAGGCUGGACUCACUGCUUAUAACCACAAUCUUGAUACUUCAAGAGAGUACUACCCAAACGUCAGAUCACUACUAGAAGUUAUGACGAACGCCUUGAAACUCUUGAGCAUGUUCGUGAAGCUCGAAUCAACGUUUGUUCAGGCAGAGGAGGACACAGUAGGUUUAUUACACACACUGGCAACACUUCCUUCUCACCCUGAGAGUGUUCCCAUUAAUGCUCUACUUGCAGUGAAAGGCACUCCUCUCGAAGACCAGAAGCCGGUUGAGAUAUGGGAGAUGAUUUGGAACCGCACUUAUUGUAAUGCCAAAAGCAAUGAGAAGCUUCUAACCACACCAAACAAUGAUUUUGAUGCCGACCAGCUCAUGUUCAAGACAUUAGGCCUCAUUCCUAAACCGCCAAGUUUCUCUGAAGAUGAUUCAGAAUCAGAAAACUGCGAGAAAGUUGCUUCCGCUUCUCACUAAUAUCAUUAACCACUUCUUUUUUGUUUGGAGUCGGGACACUACAAAGCAGUCCCUUUUACUUGUGUAGCAUGAUUUGCCGAUUUUGUGAUACCAUUGUUCGUUAAUCGUUAUUCAUAGAUGUCUAGAUUUCAUCAGAAAGUAAACUUAUUAUUCUAGA